AUGACUAGCAUUUCAGAAGACACUGGUGAAGAAACACCUUUGCAGGUUCGCUUGAACGGUCUCGCUACGUUCAUCGGUAUUGCUGGACUCGCUGUGGCUAUAGUUGUUCUAGUUGUGCUACUUGCCAGAUAUUUCUCCGGACACACUAAAAAUCCAGAUGGAAGUGUUCAAUUUAUGGCGGGAAAGACCUCGGUUGGUGAUGCUAUUAACAGAGUAGUUAAGAUAGCCACUAUUGCGGUCACCAUUGUAGUUGUUGCAGUAUCUGAAGGACUUCCUUUAGCAGUUACCUUAACACUCGCGUACUCGAUGAAAAAAAUGAUGGCAGAUAAGGCUUUGCUGAGGAGGCUUUCUGCCUGCGAGACAAUGGGAUCAUCCACAACUAUUUGCAGUGAUAAGACUGGAACAUUGACAAUGAAUCAGAUGAGUGUUGUUGAGGCGUGUGUCGGAGGGAAGAAGAUUAUACCACCUAACGAUGAGUCGCAGAUAUCUCCUAUCCUAUAUUCUUUGCUGAUCGAAGGUGCUGCACAGAACACUAAUGGAAGUGUUUUUGUACCUGAGAGUGGCAAUGGUGUUGAGGUUUCUGGAUCACCAACAGAAAAGGCGAUUUUACAUUGGGGAUUUCAGCUUGGAAUGGAUUUUGAGGCUGCCAGAUCAGAAUCAUCAAUCAUACAUGUCUUUCCGUUUAACUCGGACAAGAAAAGAGGCGGAGUAGCAUUAAAAACGUCUGACAGUGAAGUCUGUAUACAUUGGAAAGGUGCUGCUGAGAUAGUUCUUGCCUGCUGUACUCGGUAUUUUGACACAAAUGAUCAGUUGGUGGAUAUCGAUGAAGAGAAGAUGACAGUUUUGAGAAAUGUUAUAGAAGAUAUGGCCACUGAUAGUCUACGUUGUGUUGCCAUUGCAUAUCGACUAUUAGAUGAAACGGAGAACAUUCCUACCAGCGAAGAAGAACUUGCUCACUGGACAUUACCAGAGGAUGAUCUUGUUUUACUAGCUAUUGUUGGUUUGAAGGAUCCUUGUCGACCUGGUGUCAAAGAUGCAGUGCACCUUUGCCAAAAAGCUGGAGUUAAGGUAAAAAUGGUCACUGGUGACAAUGUUAAAACUGCAAAAGCAAUUGCUGUAGAAUGUGGAAUACUUGAUUCACUGGCCAAUGCUACAGAGCCAGUCAUCAUUGAAGGAAAAACAUUUCGAGCAUUGUCAGACAAAGAGAGAGAAGAAAUUGUAGAAAAGAUCUCGGUUAUGGGACGGUCGUCUCCUAAUGACAAGCUUCUGCUUGUGCAAGCAUUGAGGAGGAAGGGGCAUGUUGUGGCCGUAACCGGGGAUGGAACAAAUGAUGCACCAGCACUACAUGAGGCUGAUAUAGGUCUUGCAAUGGGCAUUCAAGGAACAGAAGUUGCUAAAGAGAGCUCUGAUAUCAUUAUUUUGGAUGACAAUUUUGCUUCUGUUGUGAAGGUUGUUAAAUGGGGGCGAUCUGUGUAUGCAAAUAUUCAGAAAUUUAUCCAGUUUCAGCUUACAAUCAAUAUCGCAGCUCUUGUUAUUAAUGUCAUUGCUUCAUUUUCCACUGGUGAUGUCCCACUAAAUCCAGUACAGCUUCUUUGGGUAAAUCUAAUCAUGGACACUCUUGGAGCACUAGCUUUGGCAACUGAAUCACCAACAGAUCACCUUAUGGAUCAGCUCCCAGUCGGCAGAAGAGAUCCUCUUGUAACUAACAUUAUGUGGAGAAACCUGCUAAUACAGGCAAUGUACCAAGUUUCUGUCUUGCUUAUACUCAAUUUCGAAGGCAGGAACAUACUGAGUCUAAGGCAAGAGAUCAACACCUAUGCAGUCAAAGUGAAGAACACUAUAAUAUUCAAUGCAUUUGUUCUAUGUCAAGUAUUUAAUGAAUUUAACGCGCGAAAGCCAGAUGAAUUCAACAUUUUCAAAGGGGUUACGAAAAACUACCUAUUUAUUGGGAUAGUGGGAUUAACUAUAGUAAUCCAGAUUGUCAUCAUUGAAUUUCUCGGAAAUUUCACUAAAACAGUCAAGCUUAACUGGAAGCAGUGGCUCAUAUGUGUUGUUAUAGGAUUUAUCAGCUGGCCUCUUGCCGUGGUUGGAAAACUGAUACCAGUACCAGAGACUCCCAUGAAUAACUGUUUUCGAAGAUUACGACGUGGAAGAACUAAAAGAAAGAUGGAGUCUUAA